AUGGAAGAGGAUCGCAGUGGAACCUGUGAAGAUCCAGUGAUCUCCAUGCCCAAGAGCGCUGUGACGAGACGAGCUCUGCGAUCGCUGUCGGUUUUCCCGUCUUCCUCACAUUCUCCUCUUUUCCAGAAUAAUAAUAAUCUCCUGGGUGACAUCCAGUACUUUCCCACCUACGACAAUCAGAUCCUGGGAGGAAUUCACCUGAAGUACUUUCCAUAUUAUGGGAACAAAGCGCAGCAAAACUACACGCAGCCAUUUGUGGCGGUAAAGUUCCUGAAUGCGACGAAGGACGUGGACCACAUGGUGGAAUGCCGUGUCAAUGCAGCCAACAUCAACAAUCAGGAUUCCCGAGACUUGUUCCAAGGGCGAGUCAUCUUCAGAUUGAGGAUCAACUCUCCAUGAGAUGUCACCAGAAUGGCCUGGUGUUGCUGUGUUGUCAUUAUCGCCCAUUUUCUACCAAUCAGCCCCCCCCCAUCUGUGUAUAUUGCCCCCCCCCCCCCCCCCCAUGUCAUGUACAUAGGUGUGUGUGUAUAUAACAUAUUUAAUGUCAGACUUGUCGGCUCCACGUAUCAAUAAAGAUCUGGUUUUCUAAUC